AUGGCUCAAAAGGAAGUCGAAGAGAACAUGGACGGUGUCGAGGAACCACAAGGAGAGAACGUAGAAGAAGAAGAUUUGAACGUGCCGGCAAAAAAGAAGAUGGAAAUCGUGAGAAAACAAAUUUUGUCUGGUAGCACACAAAAUUUUGCAGCUGGACCCCAAAAGCUUCGAGCAAGAUCCGACUAAUUUGACGCUAAUUAUGUAUGAAGAAGAUCAUACAAUCGGAAAUUCAAUCAAGCACAUCCUCAGUCGAAUGUAAUCGUAGGUUUCUUUAACUCUGAAAAAUAAUGCAUUUACAGGGACGAAGUCGAGUUCUGUGGAUACAACGUACCGCAUCCACUCGAAGACAAGAUUUUGUUCCGAGUUCAGACCAAAGAGGGAUUCAAUGCGCUGGAAGUGCUGAUGAGGGCAUUCGAGAGUGUGGAGGAGGUGAGCAAUAAAAAUUUAGAAAGCCAUGCAACGAAAUGUCUUCAGAUUUUCUCGACGAUCAGAGAAAAGUUCGAGGGAGCGUACGACCAAAGCCAGUCCUAA